GCCACGAAUGCUAUGAGAACAGCAAAACACACAAGCAGAGCAGAGGCACAGACAGACGCAAGAGAGCUCACGCACACAGGGCAUCACUCCUGCCCGUCAUCAGCUGGGGGCUCGGCCUUCUCAUCUGAUGCCUCUCCUUCUGCAUCGAUGCAGAGAAACACAAUACAGCUAGCCUAGCACUAACACGGUCCUGCUUUGUGCGUGCACUUGUCAUACCUGUAUUGCCCUGAUCGGCUGCCUCUUCGUCCGUCCCUUGGCGGGCUCCCUCCCCUCCCUGCCCACCUGCUUCCUCCUCGGCCGCGGCCCCUUGUUUGCCACCACUUUCCGGUUCUGCGUCCGUGUCUCGACUGGGCUGAGCGUCCUCCUGCUCUUCCUGCUGCUUUGCCUGCUCAGCGGCUUGAGGUGGCUCUACCUGCUGCCUCUCUUUCCCCUCUGGCCUCUCCAGGUCAUGCGGGGCAUCAUCAGCAGGCUUAUCGCCCGCCUCGGGCUGGGCAGGUUGUGGUUUGGGCGGCUUUGGCUUUUUGGUUUCAUCAGGGCGUUUCUUUUCGGUCUUUUUGGGGCUGUGGAUCAUGAUAGGUGGCGGUGGGGCCUCGUGCGGUCUGGCCGUGUGCUCAAAUGAUGUCUCGACCUCUUCUGCGAGGGCGUGGAGCCUCGGCAACGCCUCAGACUUGCCUGCGCCUGCAUCACAAAAGAGAUGCAACCAACAAUAGAUCAGUGGCUGAGGUCCGUCCCUCGUCCAGUCACCUCCUGCGAUGUCGACUCUGAGUUGGCUGAGUGACUUGCUGAGCCGCUGCUGGUUGGUCUUGGCCGCUAUCUCUUCCAGCGCACCCAACCCCUCAGCCACUUCCUUCAUCGCUGCCUGCACAAAUGCGGAGGGAGAGAGGAAAUGAGGAACGGUGGACGCUGGCUUGCCUGUGGAGAGACGGUGUCCAUGACUCUGGCCAGGGCCCGCACACGAUCUGCGAGCGGCUUGCCGGACGGCUCAAAGACAGCCACCACCUCACCGUACCUCUGAUAAUCGGCCAAGCUGACAAGACACACAAAUGCAGAGUUCUCGCCUCUGCAGACUCUGGGUCUGGUGUGUGGCUACCGUCUCCUGAGUGUUGGGAACUGUGGUGUGGGGAGGUUCAUGUGGUCGAAGAGGAGCUGCAGAGCCGCCGCCAAGACAGCAUCGCUUGAAGCCUGACAUGCACAACACGGCAGCAGAUCCGGAGCAGACGAUUGGUCGCUGCUGCUCGUAGACAGACCUCUGAGUUGAGUCCUGCCUUGAGGAUAGCGAUGUGGAACAAUGCUUCUGUGAAUUUGUCGAACGACAUGGACUGGCCGGCAACGUGCCGGUACACGACUUUCAUCUCCGACAGCGGCUGCAGGCCGAAGCACUGGACAAUCUUGGCGAAAUCCGAGACAUCUAUCGGCGACUUGCGAAUCCCCAACACGUCAUAAACCUGACGCAUGCACAUGAGCAGGAAAGCGAUGACCGACACAGAAGCGUGCAGACAGGUGGGGAUUUAACUUAACGGACCUUCCGCAGUCCCUUGUCGUGCUUUUUGAGAAUUGCCGUAAUCUGAUGAAAGGAUGCAGACACAACAUCCACAGACCACCCACAUGCCCGUCAAUGUCACUCACCUGAUCUGAUUUGAAAGCGCUGUUUAUCCUCUCUUUCAGCUUCCGCUCUGUCUCCCUGUGUCCACGCAUCUUGAGCAGCACGCGAGAGGGUUCCCGAGCGACGGGCGGAUUGGUCCUGGCCGCCUCGUCGGACUGAGUGCGCCGCUGUCUCCUCCUGCUCUCGGGCGACUUGGCCUCCUUAUCGCGCCCACGACGACGGACCUCGCGGUCCUGAGAGUCAGAGAAGGGGAUGUCUGUUGUUUGUCACGGAGGCUGAUGCAUGUGUAAGGGCGCACCCGCUCAAACUCUGCCAGCUUUCUCCUCUUGGGCUCCAGCUGUGCACGCCGCCUCGCUGCCUCAACGGCUGCAUGUUUCUCCUGCUGCUGUCGAUCGGCCUCGGCCUUUUGCUCCUUCUCCUUCUCCCUCGCGGCCCGCUCCUCCUGCAUUCUGAUCAGCCGCUUCUGGAUGAAGGCCGCUCUUUCUCGGCGACGCUUAUCGGCCUCGGCCGCGGCUGCCCUGUCCUCCUGAUGGUAGGUAGAGUACAGGCGAUGCCCUCUCACGUCUGCCUCUCAACGUAGUUCUCAGUUACCUCGGCCUUCCUCUCCUUGUCCAUCAUGGCUCGGUUGACGAGCGUCCCGUCCUCCCUCACGAUGGCCGGCAUGGCGCUCUUGGCCCGAGCCUCUAUCUCAGCUCUCCUCCCGCUCGACCGGGACCGCUCCCUGGCUGCUGACUUGCUCCUGCUCUUGGCAGAGGGAGGAGACACCUCACGCCUCGAUGCUGCUGCCGGUGCUCGUGCGCGGGAUUGCUUGGGUGCGGAUGGUGGAGGGGCCGGUGGUUCCUCUGGCGAGGGCUGCGAUGGGGUGGGAUGGCCGAUGUGCUCGUGACCGAUGACCACAGCACGGCGAGACGAGACUGCAGGUGGAGACAGACAAUGGGCAAUUGAUCGGUUUUGGGAUGACAAUGUGCUGUCAUGUGUUACUUUGUUUGUUGAAGACCUCCAGGAAGUGCACGCCGAACGCGCGUGCGACAAGGUCGUCGAGUAUCUCCGCACAAUGCAGCUCCGACUGUCGCAGGGGCAGUGAGGGCGGCAGCGUGUGGUGCCGCACAUCCAUCGACACAUCCUUGAUCUCAAAAC